AUGGCCAGCGCGACAGUUGCGACUGCAACUACAACUAUAUUAGUUACAGCUACAGCUACAUCUUCGAAUUCGGUUUCAGCAACUGCGUCGAUAAUCUCGCCAACAACAACAAUCACCGAAGCAUCAACACCAGAAUACCUUCUCGGCCCACUGACUACACAGUUCACCGCGCCCAUUCAGUGCAGUCAGGCAUAUUGGCUGUCCAACAGUGCACAGUAUCAUGACCCCUAUCUAGGUCAAACCUGUGCAAGUGUUGAUGGACAAAUCACCUACAUCCAGGACAACAACUGUCUCCCUCCAGUAACCAAAUCCGAGAUCAUCGCAAGCUUGGUCGGCGCCUCGUCAGUUUUGAGCACCAGCUAUGAUUAUAUUGGCUACUACUCCCCGGGCAUUUCAUGUCCCGCUGGAUAUGCGACAGCCUGUGCGGCGCAGGCAGGGUCGAAUGGAGUUCAGUCUACGUUGUCCGGCUUUGAAAGCUUCGGCUUUGUACACACACCGAGUGCUUAUGAGACGGCGAUGGGGUGUUGUCCAACUGCUUCAUCGUCAUCAACACUGUUGCCUCUCCCCACGAUCUUCACCGCGUCGACCACGCUUCGUUCAACAGUUAUUACAGAAAUGUUCAACUUCACAACCCUAUCCAUGAUUGCAACCAUGGUCCAGCUCAAAUUCCAGGCGACCGAUCUUCCCUCCGCUUCUUCUUCAUCGUCGUCAUCGUCAUCGUCAUUAUCCACUGCAACAGGCACAUCUUCAGGCAGUCAAAAUCACAAAACAACAACAAUUGCUGUCGCCGUCGUCAUCCCGUGUGUAGCGGUACUCAUUGCAGCAGGGCUGGCAUGGCUCUGGUAUCGACGAAGGGCUAAGAAACGGUAUCAAGCCGCACAGUCAACCGAACCCUCGAACCCGUAUUAUCGCGCAAGCAAUGUACCCACCGAAAUCGCGGGGGACUCAUCUCGGUUUGAGAUGGACGGCACGAUAGCCCAUGAGAUGGCUGGUACAGAGCCGAAGAAGGCGCCGCAUGAGAUGUAUGCCGGUGAUGAGAUACCGCGGUAUCGUGAUGAUGGCAGUAAUGAUGAUCCCAAAGAGGCAGCGCAUGAUAAUGUACAUAGGACAGAGAUAUCCGCGUAA